AUGGCUUCUUGCAAUUACUUCUUCAACCCUCAACAAAUAGAUGAAUAUCCUUUCCCUCUUCCCAUUCAAUGUUCCUUAUAUGAUUAUGAUUAUUACUAUUAUUCCAGUGAAAACACUAACGAAUAUCCACCACUGGGAUGUUGGGCACACGAGUUUUCAAUACAAGACAUGGAGUGUUACCCUUCACUUCCUUUUUAUGAAACUCUCUCCAUCGAACCAAUUUCAACUAUUAAAGACUAUGACUUUUAUGAUAUUAAGGAAGGGUUUUCUGUCUGGAACGAAGUGGAUGCCGGCUUUGAUUGUUCAGAAAAAGUUUCAUCAUCAUCAUCACUUUCCAACAACAACAACAAUGAAGAAAAUAAGAGCAUCAGGAGGGUCAUUAAUAAACGAGUUUGUAGAGAAGAGAGAAGUAGCAACAGUACGAAAAUGUUAUCAAGGAAGAUGAUAUCGGAUUAUUUCUACAUGCCGAUAACUCAAGCAGCGAAGGAACUUGAUGUGGGCUUAACACUUUUGAAGAAGAGAUGCAGAGAGUUAGGGAUUCGAAGGUGGCCUCAUCGGAAACUUAUGAGUCUUCAAACCCUCAUCAAUAAUGUUCAGGAGCUAGGGAAGGAAGAGGGGAGAGAGAGUGAAGAGAAGCUAAGGAGUGCAAUUGAGAUAUUAGAGAAGGAAAAGAAGCUUCUGGAAGAAAUGCCUGAUUUGCAACUUGAAGACAAUACCAAAAGACUUAGACAAGCAUGUUUCAAGGCCAACUACAAGAAGAGGAAGCUAAUAAUGGGUAGUAGUUCUUCAAAUUCAUCCAUGGAAUCUUCUUCAUCAUAUAACAUUAUUGGACAUAAUGCAACAAGAAUAACUAGUAGUAAGGGAGACACGAUGGAUAGUGUUGGAUUUAUUAGCUUUGAGGAUGAAGAAGAUCAAGAACGUGACAUCAAAUAUGCGUUGUCUUUGCCUCCUUUGUCCCAUAACAUUCAAAUGGUCUAG